UUUGCAUAUAACGUUCAAACUGCAUUGUAGCGCGCGGGAAGACGUGAAACAGUAUGGCGGAAGCAGAUAGCAGCUCGGAAGAACUUUAUGAUGAAACCAACUGGGUAUUGUAUAAAUACCGAGUUGAUUGGAAAGACGUUACCCCGGUACCGCAAGAUGACGGACCUUAUCCUAUUGUAGCGAUUGUGUAUUCGGAAAAAUUUCAAGAUAUUUAUGACUAUUUCCGGGCAGUUCUCAAGUCAUCUGAGAAGUCAGAACGUGCACUUCAGUUAACAAAGGAUGCUCUUGAUUUGAAUCCAGCAAACUAUACUGUCUGGCAAUAUAGGAGGGAGAUCUUGAAGCAUCUGAACAAAGACUUGAUUCCAGAACUGCAGUAUGUGAAAGAAAUGAUAGAAGAUAAUCCUAAGAAUUACCAAGUAUGGCAUCAUCGGAGAAUAAUUGUUGAAUGGUUACAAGAUCCAGCAUAUGAGCUAAGUCUUACUGAAACAAUACUUUCACAAGAUUCCAAAAACUAUCACGCGUGGCAGCACCGACAAUGGAUCAUUCGUACUUUCAAAUUAUUUCAGAAUGAAUUGCAGUAUGUCAAUCAGUUGCUGGAUGAAGACGUUCGCAACAACUCUGCGUGGAACCAGCGUUACUUUGUCAUCAACAACACCACCGGUUUCAAACCAGACGUGGUACAGCAAGAGUUGAUGUUCACGCUAGACAAAAUCAAGACUGUCUCCAAUAACGAGAGUGCAUGGAAUUACCUUAGAGGGGUACUUUUACAUCAUGAUGGUGGAAUUAGCCAGGAUCAGAAUGUGAGGCAAGUCUGUGAAGAAUUGUAUUCUUCUGGAAACCGUUCACCAUUCCUUCUAGCAUUUCUAGUGGACAUGUGUGAAGAAAACAUGGAGAGAGAUGACGGCGACAAAGAGGAGAGUCUUCGGCGUGCUUUACAGCUGUGCGAUGUAUUGGCAAAUGAAUAUGACACAAUACGCAGGGAGUAUUGGAAUUACAUGGCGCGUAGCUUGGCUCAGCGAAUGGAUUGCCCUGAACGCGAAGCAACUGGAUCAACAAAGACAGAUUGAAUCACUGAUUGUUACUGUGUAAAAAAGGGUUUAUAAAGUUGAUGAUGUACUAUGUUACUGACUGAAUCAUGAAUGUUCACACACCAUUGAUAAUUUACUUUAUGUAAAUGUUAAAAAUUAAAACUUUGAAAGGAUAGAUAUAUGUUACCUAACUACUGUCAGUUGGGAAUUAAUUAUUAAUAUUUAUCUUUAUUCACAAGUUGUUAUCACAGUGAUUAUAAAUGUGAUAAUUUCAUAUUUAUUAAAAUCAGCUAAAAUUCA